GGCGGCCGGCGGCCACUGCGGCAGCGCAGCUCGCCCUCCGCCGAGCGUCCGCGCGCAGUUGGGAGGAAAGAUGUUCACUCUGCUGACCCGCCAACCCUGUGAGCAAGCAGGCCUCAAGGCCCUCUCCCGAACCCCAGCCAUCAUCGCCUUGGUGGUCUUGAUUUUGAGUGUUGUGGUGCUUGUGACCAUCACACUCAUCCAGUUUCACCAGAAAGAGGUCCUCCUUCCAGGACUGAAGUACGGAAUCGUGCUCGAUGCCGGGUCUUCCAGAACCACCGUCUACGUCUAUCAGUGGCCAGCGGAGAAGGAGAAUAAUACUGGAGUGGUCAGUCAAACCUUCAAGUGUAGUGUGAAAGGCUCUGGGAUCUCCAGCUAUGGGAAAAACCCCCAAGAUGUGCCCAAAGCCUUUGAGGAUUGCAUGCAAAAAGUCCAGGGGCAGAUUCCAGCCCACCUCCAUAGAUCCACCCGCAUUUACCUGGGGGCCACGGCGGGGAUGCGCUUGCUGAGGUUACAGAAUGAAACAGCAGCUAAUGAAGUCCUUGCCAGCAUCCAAAACUACUUCAAGUCCCAGCCCUUUGAUUUUAGGGGUGCUCAAAUCAUUUCUGGGCAAGAGGAAGGGAUAUAUGGAUGGAUUACAGCCAACUAUUUAAUGGGAAAUUUCCUGGAGAAGAACCUGUGGCAUAUGUGGGUGCAUCCAAACGGAGUGGAGACCACAGGUGCCCUGGAUUUAGGUGGUGCCUCUACCCAAAUAUCCUUCGCGGCCGGAGACAAGGUGGGGAUGAACAGCAGCCAUAUCAUGAAAGUGUCCCUCUAUGGCUACGUGUACUCGCUCUACACACAUAGCUUCCAGUGCUACGGCCGCAAUGAGGCUGAGAAGAGGUUUCUGGCCAUACUUCUUCAGGAUUCUCCCACCAAAACCAAUCUCAUCAACCCCUGCUACCCUCGGAAUUAUCUCACCACCUUCACCGGGGGCUACAUAUUUGACAGCCUGUGCACAGCAGACCUGAGGCCUGUCGGUUACAACCCUGACGACAUCAUCACUGUUGGAGGAACCGGGGACCCAUCGCUGUGUAGGGAAAAGGUGGCUUCCCUGUUUGACUUCACAGCUUGCCGUGACCAGGAAGCCUGUUCCUUUGAUGGGGUCUAUCAGCCAAAAGUUAAAGGGACAUUUGUGGCAUUUGCUGGGUUCUACUACACAGCCAGCGCUUUCAAUCUCUCAGGGAGCUUCUCCCUCAGUGCCUUCAACUCAAGCAGCUGGGAUUUCUGCUCAGAGAGUUGGAGCCAGCUCCCGCUGCUGCUGCCCAGGUUUGACGAGGUGUAUGCCCGCUCCUACUGCUUCUCCGCCCACUAUAUCUACCACUUGCUGGUGAAUGGAUACAGAUUCACCGAGGAGACCUGGCCCCAAAUAUAUUUUAAAAAAGAAGUGGGGAACAGCAGCAUAGCCUGGUCUUUGGGCUACAUGCUUAGCCUGACCAACCGGAUCCCAGCCGAAAGCCCCCUGAUCCGCCUGCCCAUGGACCCACCUGCCUUUGUGGGCACCCUCGCCUUCUUCACGGCAGUGGCCUUGCUGUGUCUGGCGUUCCUCGUGUACCUGUGCGCUUCAUCCGGGAAGCAGAGGCGCUCCCAGCAUGCCUUCGACCACACAGUGGAUUCUGAGUGAGCCUCUUGAAGCAGCUCCUGGAGCCUGAGGGCUGCCCGGAACCAGCCUGGGUAGCAACAGACGACGCGGGCGAAAUGUCCAUCUUCGGGAAAUGCGACUAAAGUCAAAUACCUAGGUUACGUGCCUCUCCGAUAACUAAUUUAUGCCAAAGCACCUCUUGGGGAGUCUCUCAACUGUUUAUUCCUCCAAAGACCCUACCACGCACUUGUUGACCUACUGGGGAACAGAGGAGAGACAGGCCAUCAAAGUCAGGCUCUUUAUUCCAAGAGGAAUGUCCCUAGAGGAACAGUGAAUUGAGACUAUGACAGUUUAAUGUUGAAGAAUUGACCUCAGGGCUCAGUUUGCAUUUCUCCUUCCACAGAAACGCCAUAUUCCUCCCGGCAAGUUUGGAAGCUGGCAGGCACCCAUGAAGCAUUUGACACAGUCAGAUAUGUCGCUUUAUGGUUUCCUCCCGUUGAUUCUUAACCAAAACUUAGCAAUCCCAUAAGCAUUGAGCUCCCUCAGUCUACUAGCAUAAUAGCAUCUGGGGGAGAAGACUCCAUUCCCUGAGGACAGUGGCCAUGGCCAGGCCCUGUCAUUCAGGCGGAACCCAAAGGACAGAGACGCACAGAAAGUCUCCCAGGAUACUGCAGUGGGAGUCCCAUUCAGGGCUCCGGUUGGUAGACUGCAGCCUGUGUGUGUCUUCAUCCUCACCUCCCCUUCACGUUGCUGUGUCCUCCUAUAAAACAUUUACUCCUAGCGAGGCUACCAUGUUCCAGAUCUUUUUGCCUUUGCUAGGCUUUCGCUUCGGGCUGUUUUCUCAGUGGGUCAUGGUGUGUAUGGUACAAUAUGCCAUUCCGGCACGGGUACUUGCCGCUGUCCCAAGAUCCCCUUGCUUACCGCCUUCCUAGAUGGCAGGCCUCUGUGCGAUAGCAUCAUCCUUCUUCACUUUGGGGAAGAAGAGGAGACUGCAGGGACAUCUCCUUCUGAUAGAGGAUGAGAAAGAAUCCAGCAAGUGGCUACAAACUGAAAAUCAACGUUAUUCCAGAUUGUUGUUUGUUAGCUGCAUGUGGAAUAAAGGACUCUUUAUUGGCAGC